AUGAAUCCAGAUGGGACAUAUCCCAGCUUUGUCCCUCGCGUGGGCAACUUUACUUCGAUCGUAUCCGGUUCCAACCUAACUCUUGCAUCCCCCUCAAUACGAUCCAACCGCGUGUCGUACCUGCUGAACCCUGCCAGCGAGUCUACCUCGGAUCUCUAUUCCACACUACCUUCCUCACGAAGCUCUAUGCUCGACGCAGAACGAACCGAUCACACUCCCGAUGGGGGUAUCUCUAGUAUGGCUUCGCGUCCUCCGCAAUUACCGUCAUUCUCUAGGGCUUUUGAGAUGUUUAUGCCCCGGGGGGGUUUAGAGGAGCCGUGGACGACGGGACAGGAUAAUACCGGAUUUUUCAUCCCAUCGUAUCUCAAGGGAUCACCUUAUAUCACAAAGUUGGAAGAGGUGCAUAGAGAGAAGGAAGCGCAGAAUGAUAGUCAACAAACAUCAGGAGCUAGUCUUUCGGCAGCGUCUCUGGACAGUCCAUUGAGCAAGACACCGGCAUCUCACCUUGGUAUGACUUACGACCUUAUUGAGCGAAUUCCACCGCUAGACCAUACCUCGUCGGUCGCACCCUUGCCGACGCGUUGGAAUAUUAAGGACAAGUUUGGUGCAAUAGAAGUUUCAGCAAAUGGGCUGGAGGUGAAAUACAACCCCACCUUGCGAACAACAAGGGAACAAGAUCAUGAAAUGUGUGGGAUACGAGCAGAUCACCCUAUGCCAACCCAGGCUGGUAUUUACUAUUUCGAAGUAACGCUGCUUUCUAAGAGAAGAGACGAGACUACCACUGUAAGUCUUGGAUUUCUCGCCAAAAACGUGUCGUUAGCGAGACCUCCAGGAUGGGAGCCGGACUCUUACGGCUUCCACGGUGACGAUGGUGAAAUUUAUUCCGGUGGAAAUGUGGGUAAGAAGUAUAAGGACACAACUUUCAGUGCAGGGGAUGUCAUAGGAUGUGGCGUAAAUUUCCGGACUGGUCAAGCCUUUUUCACCAAGAAUGGAGCAAACUUAGGUACUGCAUUUCGCGACAUUAAAGGCAAGCAAUAUCCAGCUGUGGGUAUCAAGAAAGCUGGCGAGCUUAUACGCGUAAAUUUCGGUCAGAAUCCAUUCGUGUUCAAAAUCGACCAAGUCAUAGAGAGGGAACAAGCUAUGAUCAAGCAAGCAAUUUCAAGAACAAGUGUUGAAAAACUCAUAUCAUCUCGAAUGAACGAGACAGAGCUGAUUCAACAGUUGGUUUUACAAUUCUUACAACACGAUGGCUACGUCGAAACAGCCCGAGAAUUCGCCCAGGAAAUACAUGCCGAACAACAUGCUCUUAAUAGUGGCCCAAAUGUCCCGGUAAUGAAUGUAAAUAUCAAGGAUGAUGACGAUGCCCAUCAGAGGCAACGUAUACGGAGAGCGGUGCUUGAAGGCGACAUCGACCGGGCGUUAGCAUUAACAAACACUCACUACGCACGCGUGCUUAAGAACAACCAAGAUGUAUAUUUCAAGUUAAAGUGUAGGAAGUUCAUCGAGAUGAUACGGAAAGCCGCGGAAAAUAGUAACGGCAACGGUAAAGGAAGAAACGGCCAUCCAUAUGAUGACAAUCACAAUGAGAUGGAUGUCGAUGAAAAUGAUCUCUCAGAUACCCUGGAAGAUGAAUCCAUGGAGUCACAAGCCGACCCUGGGCCAUUAUUAAAGGAAACAAUUGCGUAUGGCCAAGCGCUGCAAGCCGAAUUUCGGGAUGACAAACGACGAGAAGUUAGCAAAGCACUGAACGAUAUUUUCGCCUUGCUGGCCUACCCCAACCCGCUACAAGUCAAAGAAGUAGCACAUAUGUUGGACAGGAAAGGCAGGGUAGCAGUUGCUGAAGAGUUAAACUCGGCAAUUCUCUCGUCGCUAGGGAAAUCAUCCCGGUCGGCAUUGGAAAACCUGUACGGCCAAACUAGCGUAUUACUAGACUAUUUACGGGAAGAUGGCGGUCCGGGGUCCCUCAUCUCGAUACAGUCGGUGAUCGACGAGAUACCUAAGUCCCAACUGUUCUGA